AGACAGAGACAGAGAGAGACGGAGAGAGAUGCCAUCCAAAUUGCCUACAGAAACAGCAGAGAGAGCUUCUCUUCUGAGCUACUGAGACACAGAAGAUCUUACUUUGCUGCUAUAGCAUUCCUUCAUUCUUCCAAGACAUAAAUGUGCAGCAACAGCAGUAAUUUUCUCAGUCAGUGACAGAUGGAUCCAGCGUGACGUGCCACAGAAGGCCUGACCCUGGUAAACAGGGAGCACAGCCUUGGAGCCCUGCAGGGUGUAAGAGGGAGAUGGAAAACUUCUUGGAGAUUUUCAGGGUUCAGUGUGCUCCCUGCCACCUUGCUGCCUGCCAGAAAGCCUUCCAGGUUAUCACUGCAUCCCCACAGGCCAGCGGUCAUCAAAUCCUACAGGACUGGUUCCUGGUUUUCCGUUCUAUCACCAUUUUCACACUGAACAAGCUGAAACAGGCUCUUCUCCGCACUGACCGUCCCCAUACAUGACAAUGCAAUUCACACCCAGUCAUUGCCUUUCCUCGUUGUUCCAGAGAAGAAACAAGUAUGUUCAGCCUGAGUGGGGAACAACACAAAAAUUUAACCAGGUCUUCUGCAGCUGAACAGAACAGAUGAAACGCUUUUACGGCUGGCUUCAGAAGACUUAGAUUCUAUUUCCUUCUCACCUUUUUGGAUAAUCUUUUUGGAUCCAGGAUGAAUAAGACGAGGGUUGUUAAUGAUGGUUUUCCCUUCAUGAACAGUAAGAACUGGAGCUCAAACCGAAGCUUCCCCACACACCUUUCAAAUCAGUGCAGGAACGUCACUGACCUUACUGUCUUUCUGGCCACCUCUUACAGUUUGGAGACUGUCCUAGGCAUUGUGGGAAACAUCUGUCUGAUUGCUGUCAUAGCUAGGCAGAAGGAAAAGGCCAAUGUAACCAACAUCCUCAUUUCCAACUUAAUCAUUUCAGAUUUGUUUAUGAGUCUUGUCUGCCUGCCUUUCACCAUUGUUUACACCAUGAUGGACUACUGGAUAUUUGGGGAGGUCAUGUGCAAAAUGACCUCUUUCACUCAGUGCACAUCUGUGACAGUGUCGAUUCUUUCUCUUGUCCUUAUUGCUCUGGAAAGACAUCAGCUCAUCAUAAAUCCGACUGGCUGGAGGCCAAGUAUCUCCCAGGCCUAUCUAGGAAUUGGAGUCAUUUGGACUUUAGCAUGUCUCAUGUCCCUGCCCUUUCUGACCACAUCCAUCUUGUCUAAUGAUUUGUAUGAGCAGCUCUCGUAUAUCAUGAAUUUUUCCACUGACAAGGUCAUAUGCAUUGACUCGUGGCCUUCUGAGCAGCACAGACUUAUCUACACCACCACUUUGCUGCUCUUGCAAUACUGCAUCCCCCUCUUCUUCAUUAUGGUUUGCUAUCUGCGUAUCUACUUACGUCUGCAGAAGAGAAAGGACAUGUUUGAGAAAAGUGAAUACAGCAACCGAGCAGUUCAGCUGAGAAGGAUAAACAUUUUGUUAGCAUCCAUGGUUGCCGCCUUUGCUGUUUGCUGGUUACCACUGCAUGUUUUCAACACCAUUGUGGACUGGAAUUACAAAAUCAUUUCGCCUUGCCACCACAAUCUGAUCUUCUCAUUGUGCCACCUGGUAGCCAUGGCUUCCACCUGUGUCAACCCUGUUAUCUAUGGUUUCCUAAAUAGCAACUUCAAAAAAGAAGUGAAGUCACUGAUUCUGAGCUGCCAGCAUAAUUCAGUAACUGCAUCAAUGGAAGAAUAUGAUCAUUUACCUUUAUCCACCAUGCAGACUGAAAUCUCCAAGGGCUCACUGAUGUUGAACUGCAGACAUAAUUCUAUCUAGCAGACAGUAAACAUUUACAGAGGGAUGCAUGGAGCACACUGCAAACCAACUAUUACCUGUCGGUAUAAAAAGCAACUGAUGAUGCUAUAGUUGCGAUAUGAACAGGAGCCCAUUACUGCCUGAUUUUCAGAAGAACGGGCAAAGGAAGCUUGUAAGCAUAUAUCAUAGCUCCUAUGGUGCACAAGUUGUUCAUGUCACUGAGACGGUACAGACAGAUAUUGAGAAGACUGAGCUGCUCUAACAGCUCAGUAACUAAGGUGUGGAUGCACACAGACUGACACUAAGUUCAUCAGCUAAGCUCACAUCUCUGUCAUGACUGAGGCAGAAUCCCAGACUUCCAGUUUCGGCACUGCAGGCUACCCAGAGCGCUACCCAGAUUCUCUUUCAUUUUUCAGUAUUAAUAAGAUUUUUACCCACUGUCGACAGACCAGUGGAACAGAGACAUGUAAAUAUAGAAAAUUUUGUGCUUUGCUGCUUCUCACAGCUUGUUAGGUAAUACUAAUCUUUCAGCAGAUCUAGUUCAUAUCAAACAAUUGGAUGCCUGUUUGCAACGUCUGUCUCUGUAGAGACACAGAACAAUGAUCCUAUUACUUAAAGAUGACAGUUACUUAUUGAGAAAUGGUUGCAGAUGAAAAUAUUACUCUGUGGAUUAGACUCCUAAAGCGCAUUGAGAUGAUGCUGAGCAUGACUUUUAAACAGAUGAAGAAUAGUUGCAGAUCUACGUGGAAAUCCAGUCUGGCUGACUUCCUGAUUCCUGCUGCUGUCAGUCACAAAGCUCCACAUGCUAAAAAUGCAUGCCAUGAUAAUAUGAGAUGGCUAGAUUACUGGAGUUUUUCCAAGCCUUAGUAGCAAGGUGCUACUGCUACUUCAACGGUGAAAUGCUUUUUAGCUCUUUGAUACUCUAAUUUCAGAGUAUCCCAUUUAGAAGAUGGAAAUAGGCAUGAAAAAAAAUGCCUCCAGAAACCUUAGCUUUUAGGAGUGGUUGCACUCCCAAAGAGAUAAACUUAUGCAUGGAGGCUUUCAGUUUCCUGCUAAAAUACAACCACAUGUCAGAUACCAGUCCUGCUUGCUGGCAUCAGCAACAGAGAGGUGCUGAAACUCUGACUAAUUAAAGGUCAACAAAAACACACAAGUGGAAUCCAGGUCAGGUGGAGACACAUAUUUUAAAGCCAAGCUACAUGUAAAUAAGAUGUAUUAUCAGUUGCCAUACUGAAAUGAGGGUCAUGCUUUUUUUUUUUUUUUUUUAACUGUGGUAUUUUUAGACUUUGUCCACAAAACCUACAAAUGAUAAGCUCAUUUUUCUUCAGAAAAGAAUGAUAUGACAGACUUCUGGAGCCUGAGACAUUGCUCAGUGACUGCUAAGAAACCAAGAAGCAGGUACUCUCAAGAAGUGGGAGUGACUAAAAAAAAUAGCAAGUGUAAAAAGACAAUGAGCAUCUUAAUUCACACGGUAGUAGGUCAGUGCUAAAGAGGCAUGGAGUCAUCUUCUGUCCUGAAUUGUUAAGCUAACCUUAGCACAAGACUGAACUAGCUGACCACCUGAGGUCCUUUCUAACCUGAAUUAUGCUAUGAUAAGCUGUCCCUACUCAUCAUACUCAAUAGGUUUGCAUAGAAUUGAAGCUAUCCAACAUGUAGCUGUGCAGAAAGCUAGAAAUCCCUUAGGCUGGAGGCUCUCUUAUUAGAUGGACUGGUAAAUAAUUAUGUGAGGGAAAAAUUCCUUCCCAUGCUGUGGUCUGGCAGGCCAUAUGGAUGUUGGACAAAGUAUCCGAAGAUGAAGACAAGAUUGUAUUUAGGGGUGAAGACAAGAGCAAAAUCUUGUGCUCUACAGUAGCAAGAGCCAUCAACAAGCAGGGGAUCAUAUCCUCAGCCGACAUAAAUGGGAGUGAAUCCCUUCCCAUGAGCUGUGCACGCAGAAAUUGGUGGCAGAGUUCAGGUGUGGACCUUAAAUUCUUAUGUUCAGAGUAUUAAUGCAAAAGCUGAGGCUGCUGCCCUUCUGAUUCUGUGCAGAACCUCUGUAUCUCAGUAAGAGAGUCCAUGUGCAAAUACCUUUUGAAUCUUCCCCAAACUUUCUGGCAAGAUAUUUAUGCUUCUUCCUAAUGGACUUCUGCUUUGUUUUUUUCAUUGUUUCUUGUCACAGUUAUGAUGAGGAGUUGUUUUUCUUGCUCCAUUUGUAUGUAAUGUCAUUUCUAGACUGGAGACUGAGCCCAUUAGAAACACAGAACAAGAGGACUCAUUUUUUCUUAUGUACAGUUCUAGUUUAAAAUUUGCUACUGUAAGUGAAAACAGAGUUAACACAACCAUGUGGUGCUGACUAGUACAAAAUACAUUAACUCCUUCUAACCAGCUUGAUUUAUACAUGAAUUAUGUUGUAUUUGAGAGCUUAAAUACUGCUUCAGCUCUGUGGUGUCUUUGUAUUUAGGGGUGAAUUUCACCCAGUUAGCCUUAGGUAAUCCUGUCCAUUUCCUGUACUUGUUAUAAUUACACAUUUAAUUAACUAAGAUGUGUGUCAAGCUAUAGUGAAAAUACUCUGCUAAACAUGAGCAUAGAUUAUCUGAUCUGUAAUCUUAAAUGUAUUACUUUUCAAGCAGCAGUGCUUUAAAUUGAAGCAAUUACCCUUGAAAUUUUUUACUUCCAUGAAUAUGUAAUUUUAAGUGAAAACUUUUGAGAAAUUAUAUAGCUCUAAUGGCCAACUUCUGACAUACUGUAUGCGCGUUGUACAUCAAGUCUCAGCUAUUCCUGAAAAGGGUAGAAACAUAAGCUGAGUCUGACUCUUCUUUGAACUGUAGUUCACGUGGCCAUUGACACCCAUGAUCACAAGUGCAUAUGUGAGGCAAGCAGAUCCAACAUCAGAAUAACCCAGACUGACACAAACAGGGAUUUAUCUUCCUCUAGUGACUAAAGGAAGUGUCAAGCUUGGAAUCAAGUGCUGUUUGAUGCUAAUGGACUUUUGGCUAGACAAACUAAAGAAUUUAGGCAUUACAAUCUACCAAAUCCCACCCAUACAUCUAAUUGCAAAGUUCAGAUCAUCAAAAUUCCCAGUCAGCUGCUGCCUAUUCAUGCCCUUACAUGUGUUUCAACCUCCAAAGUUCCUUAGAUAGCUAAAUAUAAACUUUAGAGUAAGCCCAGAAAAGCCUAAGUUCUAAAGGGCUAAACAUCUAUGCCACGUGUAAGCCCUAUCUGUGUUUACGCACCGGGAAUCCUUCCAUCACAAGUACAGGAAAGGUGCCUUUACCGCCACUUCUUCGUUAUGUGCAGACAUGAAGACUUGCAAGGCUAAGCAUGUAGCUGAGCACAAAUGCAGUAGAAGAUAUUAAGCUGUUAGUUUUCAAGAACCACUCUAGCAGCUGCUCCCUUUGAAGGCAAAAGCACAAGGCCAGAUGCAAUGACAGCCUACACAUCUGUUGAAACAGCUACUUUUGUCACUUUGAAACUUUAAUGUGACCAAGAGAGGCUCCGUCUCUUUAGUCCCAGCAAAGGGUAACAGGACAGAAAUAGUGUAUAUACAUCUUUCCCAUUUGUAAAUAAUUAAUAAUGUUCACACUUAAGAAGGAUCAAACUUUGUUGUGUUUGUUGUACUGCAGUGAUGCUUUUAAAUAUGCUUUUUACAAAGUCCUGCCACUAUGUUGCAAAAGAAACGUGGAAGAACUAUGCAGGAGGUAUCAUGUGAAUCAUGAGUUCAUAAAACUCUCAGACCUUACCCCAAAUUUUGUUUUUCAUAAUCCUGCCUCUUGUGAUAUGUCCUAACAGCACAGUAAGAUCUUCAAAGCAAGAACACAACUUAUUCCUGUGAUGUUAAGUGGCACACUUUGGGAAAUCUAAUAACAACAAAUAAAAUGAUAUUGCCUACGUUA